AUGACCACGAAUCGGCUUCCGUUACGGCUCCUGGAAGGGACCAUUUCUGGGCGUUCUCGCGUCUCUCCCGGCCAGCUGCGGGCCGCUCCGCCGGUUUUGCCUGGGCGCCUCGGUGGCUCGGCCAACGGCCUGAGAGAGCGCCCCGGGAGCCGGCGGGCGGCGGCCCUCGCCCGCGACCCUCCAGUGGGCCUAGGGGGACAAAAGUGGCUCUAAAUCCAGCACAUGCACAUUGAAGCAAGUUAAAGGAUGUAAUAUGAAGCACAGAAGCAGAUAGUGCAACAUAGCAAGCAGUAGUUGGUACACAUUUCUGGAAAAGCAGUGUCCGUGUUGUUAUGUACAUCUCCAAAAAACAGUUCAGAUCUGUAGGGGAAUUGUUGUGUAAAGUAAACUGAACUACAGGGUAGCAGUAUUUUGAUAGCUCUUGUAGACGUGUACUUACUGUAUUAAUAUGAGUAAAAGAACAAGCAGUGACACACCACUAGGAAGGGUGAGUGCUGCAUUUCCUUCUCCCACUGCUGCUGAGAUGGCGGAAAUUAGUCGAAUUCAGUAUGAAAUGGAAUAUACUGAAGGUAUUAGUCAGCGAAUGAGGGUCCCAGAAAAGUUAAAAGUAGCACCACCAAAUGCUGACCUGGAGCCAGGAUUCCAAGAAGGAGCUCCAAACGCUAGCGUGAUAAUGCAGGUUCCAGAGAGGAUUGUCGUGGCAGGAAAUAAUGAGGACAUUUCAUUUUCAAGACCAGCAGACCUUGACCUUAUUCAGUCAACUCCCUUAAAACCUCUAGCACUAAAAACACCACCUCGUGUACUUACGCUAAGUGAAAGACCGCUGGAUUUUCUGGAUUUAGAAAGACCUCCUCCAACCCCUCAAAAUGAAGAAAUCCGUGCAGUUGGCAGGCUAAAAAGAGAGCGCUCUAUGAGUGAAAAUGCUGUUCGCCAAAAUGGACAGCUGGUCAGAAAUGAUUCUAUGUGGCACAGAUCAGAUUCUGCCCCAAGAAAUAAAAUUUCAAGGUUCCAGGCACCGAUUUCUGCACCGGAGUACACUGUGACACCAUCGCCACCACAGGCUCGGGUCUGUCCUCCCCAUAUGUUACCUGAAGACGGAGCUAAUCUUUCCUCUGCUCGUGGCAUUUUGUCGCUUAUCCAGUCUUCCACUCGUAGGGCUUACCAGCAGAUCUUGGAUGUGCUGGAUGACACUCGCAGUGUGAGAAGACAAAAUGAAAUGCGUUAUGAAAGACCUGUGUUGCGUGGUGGGUCUGCCGCCGCCACUUCUAAUCCUCAUCAUGACAACGUCAGGUACGGCAUUUCAAACAUAGAUGCAACAAUUGAAGGAACAUCAGAUGACAUGACUGUUGUAGAUGCAGCUUCAUUAAGACGACAGAUAAUCAAACUAAAUAGACGUCUACAACUUCUAGAAGAGGAGAACAAAGAACGUGCUAAAAGAGAAAUGGUCAUGUAUUCAAUUACUGUAGCAUUCUGGCUGCUUAAUAGCUGGCUCUGGUUUCGCCGCUAGAGGUAACAUCACCUCUCAGAAAUAUUGUCUCAACAGCGGAAAUAUAAAAGAUUUUCAAACUUC